AUGGAUAAACAGACAUUAAAAGAAAAUUGUUGCAAACUUGUUAAUACUGAAUUCUUGACACCAUUAGAAGAAAGGCCAGUAGCAUUAAAACCAGACUUCUACCUUCACGCCCUUGGUAGAACAUCUCCAAUAGAUUUUAAAAGCCUACAUGAGAGUGAAACUCCAUCUCCGGAAAAAAAAAAUGAAAAACCAACAAAUGUACCAAAACCAGAUGUUGUUAUUAAACCUUUGACUAGUAUUGAAUUUGAUGAAGAUAAAUUUCUUAGAGAAGAGGAAAAUAAACGAAGAAAUAAAUUAAAUAAUAUAAAAGGAAUACUAAAAAAAUAG